GUCCGUAGGUGGUAGACGGGCUCUGACUGUCUAACGCGGAGGUACCACCCGGUGGAUCUCGUAGGUGGGGCCAGAAUGUGUGCAUGUUGCAUGCACACGUGUUCCCUCGCCAGAAGUCCGUGUGGCGUCCCCUCCUUUCCCAUGUAUCCCCCUAUAGCCCCACGGUACCCAAUGGGUGUUUAGGCCUUAGGCCUUCGUGGUAGUUGGAGUAUAAAAAAAACCGGUAUCCUGCUUACCGGCAACCAGCGCCGAUCUACGCCUAUAAGCUU